GGUUCAUUGCCAGGGAAGAGGGGGAACCGCACCCGGGGGUGGCUCCGCGGCCACCUGCAGUUCAUCGCUGACUACUUUGGGCCGGACGAGCUGUCACUUGGUGGAGAAGCUGAAUUCACUCGGACGUAUGGCGUCACUUUCGAGAUGUUUGACACCCUGUGCAAUGAUAUUGCGGCCUAUGAUGCGUACUUCCGUCAGACGCGGGAUGCCUUUGGGAAACUGGGCAUCUCCACACAAUUGAAGAUCUGUAUUGGACUUGAGUACCUCCGCACUGCGAGAGCAUACAAGUCCAACUCGCAGUAUCUUCGAGUUUCAGGGGAAACCGCCUGCCUCACGGUCGUACGCUUUCUCCACGCUAUGGUCUAG